AGUAUUGUUACUGCUAGUACUCCCUACUAGUAGUAGCAGUACAGCUCCAGGCCUGUAAACACAUCCCCUCCCUCCUCUGCCGCUGCAGGCGCUGGCUGCAGCAUCUCCUCCCCUCGCUGCUGCAGCGGCGGCAGCCGGCGGCCGGCUGCUGCAGCUGUUCCUCACCUCCCGCGUUUUACGCCAAUAUCCCAACAAAUUCUGAGAAAAAAGCUGUUUUUUUCCGACUUCUGUUUGCCUGCCACCGGUGGCGUUCUCCGGCGGCGCUUCGGAUCGCCGCUGCUUCGCCUCCCUCUCCCUCUUCCUCUCCCGCGGCGGCGAAGAGGGGAGGGAGACGGACUCAUGAAGGGCCUAGUAAUUGUCCUGGCAUUGGUGCUGGCCGCCGCGCUCGGCUCGGCCCGCGGCGAACGCGAACUGCGGCGGCUGCGGGACCAGACGCCGCCGGGGUCGCGACCGCACAGCGUCACCAUCACCGAGUUCGGCGCCGUCGGGGACGGCAAGACCCUCAACACGGUGCCCUUCCAGAACGCCGUCUUCUAUGUCCGCUCCUUCGCCGACAAGGGCGGCGCGCAGCUGUACGUGCCCAAGGGCCGCUGGCUCACCGGCAGCUUCAACCUCACCAGCCACCUCACCCUCUACCUGGAGAAAGGCGCAGUCAUCAUCGGCUCAAAGGAAUCAUCACAAUGGCCGAUUGUGGAACCUUUGCCAUCUUAUGGCCAAGGGCUAGACCUUCCUGGUCCUAGACAUCGAAGCUUAAUAAAUGGAUAUAACUUAACGGAUGUUGUCAUAACUGGGAACAAUGGAGUUAUUGAUGGCCAGGGAUCAGUAUGGUGGCAGUGGCUGCGCUCCCAUGAGCUGAACCAUAGUCGCCCCCAUCUCGUGGAGUUUCUGCAUUCUGAAGAAAUUGUGAUCUCAAACUUGACAUUCUUAAAUUCACCUGCCUGGAGCAUACAUCCGGUGUACUGCAGUAAUGUAAAGGUCCACAAUGUGACGAUUGAGACCUCACUGGAUGCUCCACGGACUGAUGGCAUAGUUCCAGAUUCAUGUUCAAAUUUAUGCAUUGAAGACAGCACUGUUAGUGUUAGUCAUGAUGCCAUCUCACUGAAAAGCGGAUGGGACAAGUACGGCAUUUCCUUUGGAAGGCCAACUUCAAACAUUCAUAUCAACAGAGUGAAUCUGCUAUCAUCUUCCGGAGCUGCUCUUGCAUUUGGCAGCGAGAUGUCUGGUGGGAUCUCAGAUAUUCAUGUUAACCACCUACGGAUCCGUGAUUCCUACAAAGGUAUUUCUUUCAAGACCUCACCAGGCCGUGGGGGUUACAUAAAGCAAGUGGCUAUCUCCGAUGUUCAAAUGAAAGAUGUCCAUGUUGGCAUUGAGUUCACUGGUAACUGUUCAAGCCACCCAGAUGACAGUUUUGACCCGUCUCAGCUCCCAGUGAUCAAUCAAAUCACAUUGAAGAACUUGGUUGGCACAAAUAUCUCGGUUGCUGGAGUUUUGGCAGGAAUUGAUGGCGCCCCGUUUACUGCGAUCUGCCUUUCGAAUCUCAAUUUCUCGAUGGCUGCUGAUUCUGCUUCCUGGUCAUGUUCCAAAGUUGCUGGGUACUCUGAAAUGGUCUUCCCAGAACCUUGCACAGAGCUUAGGGAUCCAUCCUCUAGUUCUUCCAUCUGCUUCUCCCUUUCUAGGUACAGUGCCAUUGCGAUAGCAUAAUCACAUAUAGAGUACCCUGUUCAUUCUUCCCAUUUCUUAUUCCAGUCCUUGUACAAUCUAGUGACAUUGAGCCUCCAUCACCAUCAUUUCGCAAUUCUUUACCAAUAAAUGCAUCAGAAAAAAAGAGUCAUAUCACUCCCCCUGUCAUGGCCGCGAGGCUCGGAUUAUAAGCUGCAUGAUGAUCUUGAGGUGGAAGAAUCAAGUGGGGCUGUGGACAGCUAGGUGCUUGCUUGUACAGCUACAUUUCUUUAUUCAAUCUGUAAGAAGGAAAUUUUUUUUUGGUAGGUGUUGAGUGCAGAACAGUUGCUUCAUACCAUUGUCAUUUGGUUAUAAAUUAUCAACAUCGUGAUUAAAUUAUCUGUGUAUAUUCCAUCUCCCUUUUAGCAUCAGUCUGAUUGAGAGCGAUCGCAUGUUAUCUUGUAAUUUGACAGGCUGGCUGUGAAUGUAGAGCCAGGGUGCUUCUUGGUAUAAAUAAUUUGGUGUCAAUUCGGUUGUUAGACUGAUGUUGAUUGCUGCCUUUGUCCUCUCUGGGGGACAUUA